AUUUGACACGAAAUUUCAUUUUGUAUAGUAAUAUUUGGAUAUAUAAAACCGUAUAUAGAAAUAGAAUCACAAUAUUUAAUUAUGAAAUUAAUACUAAUGCUGAGCCAGAAUUGGACUAAUCUGAUCUUCCUGGAUAUCGAUUAUGAGGUCUGAUGCAACAGAAUAUUACUGGUAAUACCAACGGCAACUUGGACUACAAGCAGCAUUGCAGAAAUGCAACUUGAACUUUGAAAUUCGAUGGUUAUCAAUGCAAUUAGCGUAAAUUUAUUUCAGAAAUUUGGUCGCAAGAAAUCGCCUGUAGGCCUUUUGCGCCGCCGCAUGCUACGGUGGUGUAGGGUUUCUACAUCCGGAUAUUCAACUUCCAACUGCUACUCGCUAUCGUUUUGCAGCUUGAACAUUUCUGCUGCAUCUUAGCUAUGAAUGAGUCCAUGGAUAUCGACAAACCAGGUGCCAGUAACAGAAAUACACCUAUAAAUAAGGAAAAUGGACAUUAUCUGUAUCCUGUGUCUCCCAAUGAAUCAGGUGAAGGCUUUCCAUAUGCUCCUGAAAAUUGGCCUAAUCCUGGUGAUAUAUGGCGUUGGAAGGCGGGGAAAAGAAUAGCAUCUUCAGGAUACUUUGCGGACAGGUACCUGUAUCCACCAAGCAGUCUUGCACAUGUUGGGAAACCUGUACAGAGGAGGACCUUUGCUAGUAAACUGUCAGUUGAACAAUUUAUCCGGGCAAUGUUUCCUGGCACAGAUGUGAAUGCAUUCUUUGCCACAUUUUGCUGGAAGAUUCCCUCAAAGCAGCUUAUGUUAAAAGAAAGUGAAGGGCCUAUGUCUCAUUUAGAACGUGAUGGUUGCAAGGCCGGUAACACUAUGUGCAGCAGUUUAUUAGAAGGUGCUGAUCCUCUUCCGAUGGAAGGCAUGUUUUGUGACAUUUGCUGCAGUGAAUCCAGAUUUUGCCGAGAAUGUUGCUGUAUUCUUUGUUGCAAGACCAUCAACACUGGAGUUGGUGGUUAUAGUUACAUCAAGUGUAAAAAGAACGUCCAAGAUGGCUAUAUUUGUGGACACAUUGCCCACAUAGAAUGUGCUCUUAGAGCUUAUGUGGCUGGAACUGUAGGAGGAAGCAUAGGCCUGGAUGCAGAGUAUUUUUGUCGACGCUGUGAUUCAAAGACGGAUCUAGUUUUGCAUGUCAUGAAUCUUCUUCAUACUUGUGAAACCAUUGAAUCCAUUGAUUCACAGGAUGAGAUUGAUAAGAUGUUGAGCCUUGCCAUUUGUAUGCUGCGUGGCUCACAGAAAAUGACUGCAAAGCAAUUACUAAAACAUAUUGAAUCAGCAGCAGCAAAGCUUAAGAUCGGAUUUGACUUCAGAGAUGUGUGGAGUAAGGAAGCAUAUGAAGUGACUGUUUCCUUGUUGAUGCAAGAGAGUUUACCUCAUAACAAUAGAAACAGUUUACAUGAGUUAGCCAACUAUGAAGACAAAGAGCAAGAAAACAACAGAACUGCACCACCCGGAAUGGUGUCUUCAAAUUUUGACCACCGAGUUGAAUCACUUAAACUUGAUAAUGAGAUUGAUCAAGCUCUACAGUCAUUGAGGAAGUCACAGGAGUUGGAGUACAACAUUGCUGAGGAAAGGCUCUUUGCACAAAGGAACUGCAUUAUAAAUCUAUAUGAACAAAUAGACAAGGAGAGGUCUCAACUCUUGCACCACUCAACAUUCACCGACUUGGAGCCGCUGCUCAAAGCACUUCAUGAGAGGAUAGAGUUGGUGAAACGGGAAGCUUUGAAACUCAGGGAUAUGAAACAAGUGGAAAUGGGAUUUGGAAGAACUUCAAAGCACAUACUUGAGGAACAUUUUGGUUUAAAAUGUGAUCAGUGACAAAUUCAUGCUAGUUGUGUUUGUACACUAGGUGAUCAAUCUCUUGCAGUGUGCACAAUUUUCAAGUCCACUGUGUGUCUAUUCAAAAACAUGUUCCCAGAUGCAUUCAUUCAUACACAUGAACAUGGUUUUGCCUUCUCAAAUUGGAGACGUAAUCACGUAAAUAUAAAGUUGGAGUCUAACUCAUCCAAUUACGAAUAGGAAAUUGGAU